UUAUCUCUUUCGGUUACUUUCUUUUUUUUUAUAUUCUUCUUCUUCCUCUUCUCUCUUCAUUCUUUUCUUAUUUUCUCUUUUUACCAUCUAUAAUUAUAUAUUUAUAUCCAUAUAUGAAUAUACAAUUUUAGAUACUUCCUCUCUAUCAAUCACAAUUAUUUCCUUCUUUCAUUUGUCCCUCUUUCUCUUUUACAAUAUUGCGCUCCUCCCAAGUUCCCUGAACCGCGCCAUUUGACCCUUUUUUUUGAUAUCUAUCGAUCGAUCGUCUGUACACAGUUUUUUCUGUCAUCAACAGAAGACCUGAAUUCUCCUUAUUUUCCAUUGGAAUUUAUUGAUACUAUUCCAUUGUCCCAGUGAACCACCUCUGUUCUUUCCUAUCGCUCAAGUUAUUACCUGUCCCUUUUGGAAUUCUUUAUUGCACCGUAUGAUGUCCAGUCACCAUCACAUUCCUAUGGAUAAAACAAGACGUAAGCGGCUCAAGGUAGUGAGUGCAUGCAGUGAGUGUCGUCGAAAGAAGACAAAGUGCAAUGGAGAAACACCUUGCAUUGGAUGCAUUAAAACCCGUGUCGACUGCCGAUAUUCGAAUGGGAAUAAGCCCAAACCCAGUGUUCCGCGCCAUGACGAAAGUCUGGCUCCCAAAACCACCGCCACUCCUACCGUCCCGAAAUCGGCAACGGCUGUUCACGGGAUGACCACCACGACGGAAUCUAUUGAAGCGAUCGAAAGCCGAUUGUCCGUGAUCGAAGAUGUGCUUCGUGCCUUGAUCCGCGACUCAAAGAAAACGCAGCACGGUCAGAGUAGUUACGGUCAGAGUCGAUCUUUUUUCGGAUCAUUGGAACGGGAUCUGGCGUACAUUCAUUCCGGUGAUAUGUAUCACCCUGUGCAUGCCGCUCAUGCCCAAAAUAGGCAACUACCACGGGAAAAGAGACAACGGCAUGAACACUUCCCCAUGACCCCUCCACCUGAUUCCUCGCUCCGCUUACCGCCCCUUCAUCACCGUGCACAUCCAUCGGCACCAACUCCUCCUGCUUCUGCUCCUGCUCCUGCUGCUGCUGCUAUUCCACCACCCCCUUCUUCUUCUUCUUCUUCAGCGGUGACGGCCACUACCUCUCAAGUCGUCGAUCGGCCUACGCCUUUACAAUUACAACAACCGUAUCAACAGCCGUCGUUAUCCACUUCUUCCUCCUCUUCCUCCUCGGCUUCUUCUUCCUCCUCUUCACCAAAAACGGCUUCCACCAUUCGCAGUUUACUGAAUGACGAAGACUUUGACGAAAAAGUCACUUUACCUCCUGUUUCGGCACUCACGCACCCCGCUGCACCUAAAUCGUUUCCACCGUCAUACAAUGAUCCCAGGUCGUUUCCCGGAGACCCUUCCAUAAAUUCGGCUUUUUACCGGCUGGCAGCGCCAUCGCGGACAUGAUCACAAAAGAAAAAAACAAUACACACACACAACUGUCAAGGCCUCGAAAAAAAACACCAAGGUCAUCAAGUGUCAUGGCCAACCCUUUUGCUUGAUCUUUUUGAUGAAACCAUCAUUUGACUAUUUCUUUUUCUUUGUUUAUUCAUUGUUAUCCUGGUUUCCACUUUAUUUUUCCCCUAUUUUUUUUUCUUUCUCAUGGCCACCAUGCAUAUAUGCUAAACAAUCGCUGCAAGCCGCUUUUUCUUUUUUUCUUUUUUUUACAUCCAUAGUUUAUCAUUUAUCUUUUAUAUCUCUUUUUUUUUUAUUCCUUUGUUGUUACUGUAGACAGUACGACUGCAACACUGGCUGAAACUAUUGUAAUAGAAUUCUUGUCUUGUUCAUUUCAAAUGGACAAAAAGAAAAAACUGUUAUCCGUGAUUUUAGUUUGGUCCUAUUCAAUGAUCAUCCA